AUGAAGCUGUUCAGGCGCAAGCAGCCCGAGGCCACGGAGCCCAACAGCUCCAAGAAGCGGAUGCCUAGGAAAGUCGCCAUCGUAGGCAGCGGUUGCGCUGGCCUUGGUGCGGCGUGGGCGCUGAAAGAUAGCGACUAUGAGGUGCACAUCUUCGAGAAGUCCGAGAAGCUGGGUGGCCACACGAAUACGCAGAACUGGAAACAUGGAGACGAAACCGUUCCCGUCGAUACGGGCUUCAUUGUCAUGAAUACCGCAACCUAUCCGAACUUUAUCAGAUUCUUGAAGGCGGUCGGCGUUAACCCCGUCGACACUUUCAUGACCUUUGGGGUCUCGCGCGAUCAUGGUGCUUUCGAGUGGUCCGGUGAAGGCCAGGGAAUCUUUGCUCAACGCCGAAACAUCUUCAGUCCCAGACACUGGCGAAUGAUUUUUGAUAUUAUCCGGUUCAACCAGUUCGCUCUGGACCUGCUGGCAGACGAGGAUGAGGAUGGCAUCGACAGACUUGGCUCGCCAAAGCGGAUCAGAAACGAGAUCGCAAACAUGAGCAUCGGCGAAUACCUGGUCAGGGAAGGCUACUCGCAAGGCUUCCGGGAUGACUACUUGAUUCCUAUGACGGCCGCCGUCUGGAGCACAUCGCCAGACAAGGCCAGCCUAGAGUUCCCUGCAAAGACUCUCAUCCGAUUCAUGUGGAACCAUCAUUUGCUUUCUACACUGGCCGAACGACCUCCUUGGUUGACGAUACCAGGCGGAUCUCAAAGAUAUAUCGACGCCAUUGUCGAUCAAUUCCCUGAUGAGCGUCUUCACCUACACACAUCAUGCGAAGUUGCCAACGUGCUACGUCCUGGUCGUGAAGGCGAGGGUCUCGUAACGGUCUCAUGGAUCAACGCAAAGUCUGGUCGGAUCGAAGGCGACGCAUUCGAGCAUGUCAUUCUCGCAUGCCACGGAGACGAAGUUUUGCCCCUACUUGCAAAGCAUGGCGCUGAGCGGCCCGCUUCUUCGUCCUCCAGCACAGCCAGCGCUUCUAUCAAGGGCAGUACCCCGACCAAGUCCAACGGAUUUAUCAAGGCAUCCAGUGGUGUUCAAUAUGUGACCCAAGAGGAAGUCGAUAUCUUGUCAACAUUCCAGACUACAGAGAAUGUAGCGUACCUCCACUCAGAUCUUGCUCUUAUGCCCAAGCGAAGAGAGGUGUGGACCAGCUGGAACUACCUUAUCAACUCAUCGCCAUCGAAAUUGUCGCAUCCCGCUGGUGUGAGCUUGACAUAUUGUAUGAACAUUCUGCAGCACUUCGACGAGGACAUGUUUGGACCGAUCCUGGUGACAAUGAACCCGGACCGCGAGCCAGAUCCACAACUCACACAAGGCAAGUUCGUCUAUCGGCAUCCCUUGUAUACAGUAGAGGCGGUGGAGGCUCAGAAACGGCUGGAGACAAUUCAGAACACUCGGGGCGUGAGCUAUUGCGGUGCUUGGACUAAGUAUGGAUUUCACGAGGACGGCUUCAGCAGUGGAUUGCGAGUCGCGAUCGAGCAUCUGGGAGCCAAGCUGCCCUUCGAGUUCGUGGACUCUACUUACAGCAGAGGACAUAAGCCUGACCUCAUCUGGAAGGAUUACCUAUUGAGAUUGGUUCUUUUGAUUCUGCUGUUCUGGCUCCGCAUUCUGGACGUCGUGGUGAGAUUGCCACUAAUAUCAACUGCAGUCCGGCUUGGGGGAGGAGUAGGAACAUUCGCUCUUGAUAUGGGCGAAAACGUGGGAUUAUUAUGA